AUGCGCUUCACCUCCAUCCUCUUCGCCGGCGCCCUGGCCGUCGUCGCCGCCGCCCAGUCUUCCGACAAGGCCACCAGCACCACCUCGGCCGACCCUGUCCAGUCCUCCAUCCAGGCCUGCAUCGAGUCGUGCGAUGCCACCGACGUCGCCUGCCUGGCCCGCUGCAACCCCGUCCCCAACCCGAACGCCUCGCAGGUGAAUGCCACCAACCUCUGCAUCGGCGAUUGUGACCAGGGCAACGGCUCGGCCGCCGAGACCAAGCUCUACAACCAGUGCGUCGCCGAAUGCAUCAAGGACAACUACUACGACUCCAAGAGCGGCACCCCCGAGCCCACCGGUAGCAGCGGCGGCUCCAGCAGCGACUCCGCCACCUCGGCCGUCACGACUGCCUCGUCCGAGGCCACCGGCUCCUCCACCGCCAAGUCUAGCUCCGACAGCCCUUCCAGCACCGGCUCCAGCAGCGACUCCGAGGCGACCGGUUCGGAUUCUGGCGACGAUGGUGACAGCGCCGCCCCCGGCCUCUACAUCUCGUCUGGUGCCGUACUCGGUGCCGUCGCUGCUGCCCUCUUCCUGUAA